AUGUCUGGGGCGGAGGCGCUGGGCCCCCAGGGACCCGAAGGCACUGGGGCAGGCACGGGAGACGUCCCCUCCCUUACAGAAAUCGAGCAGCUCCUGAACACCGGGCGGCCUUCUUGCAACCACGUUGAUGAAGUAUGGCCAAAUCUCUUCCUAGGAGACCUAGUAACAGCUCACAACAGAUUUGUUUUGUGGAAGAUGGGUGUGACCCAUGUUUUAAAUGCUGCCCACGGCACAGCAUACAGCCACGGAGGCCAGGACUUUUACGGAACGACCAUCAAUUACUAUGGUGUACCAGCCCAUGACCUCCCAAGCUUUGACAUUAGCCAGUUCUUUUUCUCUGCGGCGCAGUUUAUCCACAACGCCUUGAACACGCCAGGAGCUAAGAUUUUGGUACAUUGUGCAGUUGGAGUAAGCAGGUCAGCUUCCCUAGUCCUAGCAUAUCUCAUGAUAAAUCACCACCUCCCAUUGGUUGAAGCCAUCAAAACAGUGAAGGAACAUCGAUGGAUUUCACCCAACCGUGGCUUUCUGAAACACCUGCGAAAUCUGGAUGUUCAGCUGCGGCAGAAGAAGGACUGCUGA